AUGCCGGCAUAUAUAGGGGAUACAGGAGAUUCGCCAGCGCCGGUCGAUCCCAGCCGCUCCGCGCCGGGCAGCGGGCUCCGCAGAGCCAUGGUCCCCGCCCGGGCGGCGGGGCGAGCAGGUGCCGUCGCGGCGCUGGCGCUGCUGUGGCUGCUGGUCUGCGGCCCGGGGGACUCCGGCUGCCACCUUCUGACCGUGGCCGAUCUCUUCGACCGGGUGAUCCGGCACUCGGGCAGGAUCCACAGUCUCUCUACGACGCUCUACGCCGAGCUAGAAAAACACUUUCCUCCCCGUGACAACGAGCUGGGAAAGCCCGCUCGGAAGUGCCACACGUCGGGGAUGCUGACCCCCAACGGUAAAGAAUACGCCCAAAAAAUCCCGAGAGAAGAACUAACUCACUUGAUACUGAAACUUUUGCAAGCCUGGAAAGAACCACUUUCCCACUUUAACCAGCAUAUUGAGCACCAUCAAGAGCUACCUGAUGACAGCCUUAGUAAAGCUAAGCAAAUCAGCAAUAUGGUACAUGAGCUGAAGACUGGAGUUGAGAAAGUAACAGAGAAGAUGCAAUCAAUGGGGAUCAUCAGCAACUCGUUAAAUGGAAUGGCAUCAUCUGAAGGCACUGGUUUAUCAAUUAGUAAUGAAGCAAACAUGAUGAGUGACUCUGACUUCAUCCAUUGUUUCAGGAGAGACUCCAAUAAAGUACAAAGCUACUUAAAAAUUCUCAAAUGUAGGAUUAUGCCAGAAAAUAGUUGCUGAGUUGUAAUCCCUUGACAAGUAGUCUUCAGCAUGUUGCUUAUAAAGAUACAAAAAUAGAACUUAUAAAUCAUCACAUUUACAAUAAUUUUAAUGGGAAAGUGGUUUUGAAAUCCUUUGGCAGCUAUUUGACACAGUUGACCAAUGCAGAUGAAAUACUAAAUAAAGCAUUAUGUGUGUAUGUGGGUUAAUGCACCUGAUAAAAAGGAGUACUCUAGCAGUAGAUAAAUAAAUGUCCUUGUACAUUACACUGUGACAGACUAUAUUAUG